CUUCUUCCCUCAUUUCUUCCCUCAUUCUUCAAUUCAAAAACCAACCUUGAAGAUCCUGCAGAUUCUGAUGAAAUCAAUCUGCGGGAUACCACAUUCCAAACUGCCAGAUUUCCUAUGAGGAUUAUGUAUCAUAGGCUCCAAUUUAAAAUGACACAUUCUGAUUCAUUACCUUCAUCUAUCCCUCAGAGUCUUCUAUAUAUCCCUCUUCCUUGUUGUGGCUUGCACAUAUCAUCAUCUUCCAAGUUAUUGUAAUGGCUGCACAGACCCCGUUCCAUGUUUUGGCUGUUGAUGACAGUCUUAUUGAUAGAAUGUUGAUUGAGAGACUCCUAAAAAGAUCUUCCUUUCAUGUUACUACAGUGGACUCUGCCAGUAAGGCUUUAAAAUUUCUUGGUUUGGUUGAAGAUGAGUUGAGGAAUUUUGACACUAAUGUUGCUUCAGAAAUUCAUCAGAUGCAGGAUGUAGAUGUAAACCUGAUCAUAACAGAUUACUGUAUGCCAGGAAUGACUGGCUAUGAUCUGCUGAGAAAAAUCAAGGAAACUAAAUCUCUUAAAGACAUACCAGUUGUAAUUAUGUCCUCAGAGAAUGUUCCAUCAAGGAUCAACAGAUGCCUAGAGGAGGGAGCUGAAGAAUUCUUCCUGAAACCAGUUAGGCUAUCAGAUUUAAACAAGCUCAAGCCCCAUUUGUUGAAGUCAAGAGUGAAGGAAGAGCAAGACCAACCCAUCAAAUGACAAAAGGAAGAGCAUAAAAGAAUCCACUCCCCAUAUAAAAGUAGACUAAAAUGUACUAGUUAAAAUUUGUUUCUAAGGUAAAUUUGAGAAUGCAAAGGUAGUUCCUAGAACAUUUUCCUAGGUAGAUUGUCAGCUCAAUCAUGUAAAAGGGUUAUUAAGCUGUGUAAGUCCUGAUGUAAGAGUUGAAUUCAAUUAUGGUGGACAAAUAGCAAUUGAUUUGGACA